GUUCAAGGAUCUAAGAGCAACAUAAGGGGUAUGAAUGCAUGGGAAUGGAUAUGGGGAGGAGGACCAGAAACACCUGGAGGAACUAAACCUCUUCUGUUUGAUACCAUAGAUGCCACUAGACAAGGUCCAGGUGGACAAAAGGCAGAGUUUGCAAAGAAAUAUGGGAAACUUUUUAGCCUGGAGUUGGAUGUCUUACCUUCAGCAGUUAUAACUGGACUGCUUGUAAUCAAAGAAAUCUGUGCUCACAUGGAACAGAACUUUCUAAACCACCUCAUCACUCCUAUGAGAGAACAUACCUUUAGUAAAUAUGGCAACUUUCUUCAUCACCCCAAGGUAUUUUUGUACCAGAAUCAGAAUACAAUAAUUUUGAUGUUCUUUACCCCAGGAUUGAUCAUGUCUAAUGGGCAGAUAUGGAAGGAGCAAAGAAGGUUCACUGUGACAAUGCUAAGGAACUUUGGUUUAGGAAAGAAGAGCUUAGAGUGGCGCAUUCAGGAGGAGGCCCAGUACCUUAUUGAGGCCAUAGAAAAGGAGAGAGGCAAAACUACUUCAAGUUUCCAUGAAGAAAAUCUCGUUUUCCGCACCCUGGACCUCUUCACAGCUGGAACAGAGACAACAUCUAUGAUGCCACACUGGGGUCUGCUGUACCUGACCCUCUACCCAGAAGUGCAAGAAAAAGUACAGGCUGAGACUGAUAGAGUGAUUGGCCAAUGGAAGCAGCUAAGCCUGGCAGACCAAGAGUCACUGGCCUAUACCAAUGAUGUCAUCCAUGAGAUGCAGAAAAUGGGCAACAUCUUCUGCUUGGAUGCUCCCAAGGAAGUGACAGUGGAUACUACUUUGGCUGGGUAUCACCUGCUGCAAGGAACAGUGAUACUCCCCAAUUUGACUACACUGCAUAGGGACCCCAAAGAGUAAGCUACACCAGACACAUUCAAUCCAGAGCAUUUUCUGGAGAAUAGACAGUUUAAAAAGAAGGAAUCCUUUCUGCCUUUUAGAUUCGAGUUAAUACACAUAAAUGGCUUGAAACUUGAAAGGUUGAAGAAUGGAUAUAGUGAAAACACCUUUGUGUUUCCAAGCCAGCAGUUGCAAAAGG